AAAUUUUCCUGAAAUUGAAGAUAUUACCCAAAUGGAAUUAGGAAAUACUAUAAUAGAAGAACAAGUGGAGAAUAAUCUGGAGAAAAAUAAUGAAAAUAUCGAAGAUGAGAACUACUUUGACAAAGAUUAUGAACCAUCAGAAGAUUCAGCUAGCUACACAGAUUAUGAAAGCAAUGAUGAACUUAUAAACGAAAAUGAAGCAAGUGCAUGUAACAAUAGGUUAAACGAAUCGACUACUUUUAAUUUAUCAACAACCGCAAAUGCAUCGGGUGUAUCAGGAUGUGAUGAUGCACAACUUACAAUUGAUAAUUCUCGUAGUGGCACCAAAAAAUAUUACUGUUUUUAUUGUAAUUUACCAAAAGCAAAAAUUGCAAGACAUUUAGAAAGUGUACAUCGUAAUGAAGAAGAUGUUAAGAAAUUCGCUGCAUUACCGAAAGGAUGUCUUGAACGUAAAAGAAUUAUUGAAACAAUACGUCGAAAAGGAGAAUUUCAAUUUAAUACGAACAAAAUGUUAAAUGAUGGCAAGUUACAUGUUGUUAGAAGACCGAAUAUAAAGUUUAACAAAACAGCUAAUGAAUAUGGAGUGUGUAUCAAAUGUCACGGAUUUUUUUCUAAAAAUACUUUACGAAAUCAUGUUCGAAAGUGUGUAAAUGUAAAACAUUCUAAAAAUCGAAUAAUAACAGUCCUUGGACGAGCAAUCCUCGGUAGAAUUAAUGAAAUAGCUUCUCAAACUCUAAAAAAAGUGAUCUUUCCAGUGUUAAGAGAAGAUUCUAUUACGCGUCUUAUAAGAUAUGACGAAUUAAUUAUUCGAUAUGGUAACAAACUUUGUAUGAAAUACAAACCGCAGCAUCAACACGAUAUGGUGCGAAAUCGAUUACGAACACUUGGACGAUUUUUAAAAGCAUUGAAAGAAAUAAACAAUGAAAUUACAGAUUUUGCCUCACUAUAUGAACCAAAAUAUUACGAUGACUGUAUUAAAGCAGUAUAUCAAGUAGCUCGAUAUAAUACAGAAACUCAGAAAUUUGAGGCUGCUUAUACAGCAUUUCAGUUAGGUACGUUAUUAAAAGAAGUUGGAGAAUUAUGGCGCUCACAGUGUAUUAAAAAUCAUGAUCCUGUUAAAAAGGCUCUAGUUGAAGAUUUUCUUUCUCUUCGUAAAGAAGAUUUUAGCCAUUCAGUUAACAAAACAGUAAUGGAAACGAGAGCACAUAUGAUACGACAAAAAAAAGAAGUAGCUCCAAGUAUAACCGAUAUAAAAAAGCUUUACAAUUAUGUAAACAGUAAGAGACAUGAAGCAUACAAUAUUUUGAAGGAAGAAUUUUCAUAUAAUGUAUGGCUAACUCUGGGCCAAUGUACAUUAAUUUCUAUGCAAAUAUGUAACAGAAAACGCGCUGGUGAAAUGCAAAGAAUACUAUUAGAAGAUUUUUAUAACCAUGAAAGUUUAAAUGAACAAAGUGAUCCAGAUCUUUUUAAGUCUCUCUCAAAUUCAGCAAAAGCAAUUGCACGCAAAUAUGUACGAUUUCAAAUUAGAGGAAAAUUAGGUCGUCCUGUUCCUGUCUUAUUACAUUUUGAUCUAUUAAAUUGUAUACAAUUAUUUAUACAAUGCCGAGAUAAAGCUAAUGUACAUCCAAAAAACCCAUACAUUUUUGGUGUAAAAGGUUUCCAUAAACAGAGAUUUAAAUACUUAAGAGCAUGCGAUCAUAUGCGACAAUUUGCUCAUGAAUGUGGAGCUGACCAUCCUGAAAGAUUGCGAGGUACUCUUCUUAGGAAACAUAUCGCAACCAAUUGUCAAAAAUUAAAGUUAACAGAACUAGAAGUAUCCGAAUUAGCAGAUUUUAUGGGACAUAAAGAAAAUAUACAUAAGCAAUUCUACAGAUUACCUCAAAAAGAGGCUGAUAUUCUCAAUAUCACCAAAUAUCUGGAAGCUGCACUAGGGACAGAUAUUGACACUCAAAGUGACAGCGAUAAUGAUAGCAAUAGUGAUGAAAAUGAUGAUUAUGAUAAUGGUACCAUUAGUUUAAAUAAUACUACUGAUGAUGAUAACUUAACUAAUAAUAAUACUAAUAGUACUAAUGUGCAAGAAUCUGAUGACAGUUUGAUUUCAAAAAGAAAAAGUAAAAUUACGAAAAAUCCAAAGAAAUUACACAACA